AUGAGUUUUGUAAUUGUACAUAUUCAGCCCAUCAUGCAGUACUGUUUUGUCGAAGGCAAUUUUGCCGACCUUUCCAGGGACCUGGCAGAAUACCUACACAUCUCAACUGAGAUAGAACCCCUCCUCGAGGCCAACACCAAGGAUGAGGUCCUCAAGAAACUCGUCACGGCUUCAGCUGCCCUCAACACAUACCCCGAGAAAGAGUUCACUGCGGCGUAUAAUCUCCUGGUAUACCUUGUUAUGCAGUCGCCAAACGUCAAUAUGUUUCUGCCCCGGAUGUGUGAGCACCUUUCGAAACCCAUCACCUCUGCUCCACUCAACGGCUCCGGCCUUGCGCUGAACGUCCUGACCACUAUUUUCAACCUUUUGCAGCCCGACAAUGAUGUUCGGUGGAACGUCUUCUCUGCAAUCCUACGCCUGGUGAAGAAUAGCGGAAAUUUCGAGAUUUUGCGCCCGCAGCUGAAGAAGUUGGAUCAAUGGAUUGAGGAAUGGGAGUUGGAUGAGGAAGACCAGCGUAAGCUAUAUGGACAACUCGCAGAUGUUGCAGAGGACGCCGGUGAACAAGGAGAAUCCUACCAGUUUAUCCUCAAAGCCCUGCGCACAUUCCCAGCCUCCGAGGUUUCGACCAAGGAAGCCCAAGACCUGUCCCUCCGCGCUCUAAAAGCCGCGCUGAUUUCCAGCACACAUUUCGACUUCCACGAUCUUACCUCUCUGCCUACCAUCCAAGCCCUGAGCGAUUCCCACGCCGAAUAUUCCGAAUUACUUGAGAUCUUCUCCGAGAAGGAAUUGGAGGACUACACUGAUUUCCGAGACGAGAACGAGGACUGGAUUGAGACGGAGGCUCUAGAUAACAGCGCGCUGCACCGCAAGAUGAGACUUUUAACCUUAGCAAGUAUUGCCGCUAGCACCAACAGCAAGGAGCUUGAGUACAAACGCAUUGCGAAGGCCCUUCAGGUUCCCGUCGAAGACGUAGAGAUGUGGGUUAUUGACGUUAUCCGGGCGCAGCUGAUUGAGGGAAAGCUGUCCCAACAGAAGCAGGUGUUUCUCAUUCACAGAACAACGUAUCGUGUUUUUGGUGAAAAGCAAUGGCGUGAAGUUGCAACAAGGCUUGAUACAUGGAGGUCGAGCUUGAGAGCUGUCAAGGAGGUUAUCAGCAGAGAGAGGCAGCAAGCAGAGGCUCAGAAGGAGCGAGAACUGCACGAGGCCGAGAGAAAGAUUGCUGGUGCUUCAGGCAUGGGAGCGGGACGGAGAGCCCCAGGAGGCAGAGAUAACAUGAUCGAGAUGGGAACCGAUUGA